CCUCAGUCCCCCCCUCCCCUCUCGAAUAAGGCGAUAGACGCUUUAUUUUUAUAAAAACAAGCAUGUCUUUGGUUAAUUACGGAAGUAGUUCAGAAUCAGAAUCAGACAACGAAUCAACACCUCAACCACAAACAAAAAGAAGUUUAUCUUCUAUGUUACCCACACCUAAAAAGACAGUGUAUGUUGAUUUACCCAAACCUGCAGACGAAGAAGAAGAUGAAGCACCCAAACCUAAACGAGUAAAGACGACGACAGGAUUAGGACUUGCAGAUCUAUUGCCUGCACCUCGAUUUAUGGGGCGUCCUGCUGCUCCUAUUGCUAAAACCACGACCAAUACACCAUUUGUACCUCUUUCACUAGCUAAAAGAAUGAGGGAAAAGAACAAGACAAAGGAAGAGCCAAAAGAAAAAGCAGAGACAAAAGAAGAAACAGAAACAGAACAAGAAGAGACACCAACGAAACAUACAGGAUCAUUUUUUCAUGUUGGAAAAGCAUUAAAAGAAGAUCCUAUCAUUCAAGCCUCACCAAAACCUAUUGUUAAAACUACAUUAGGCCCUAUUAAUUCAGUAGAAAAACCUCCUCAAGAAGAAGAAGAAGAAGAAGAAGAAGAAGAAGGAAUGACUGCAGUAGAUGCUUAUGCUUACGACCCAAAUGCCAUGUAUUCAGCAGAUCCUUCUACCUAUUACCAAUAUUAUCAAGAACCUCAAGCUCAAUCAGAACAAUUGGAACAAUUGGUUGGUAUUCGAGGUGAAUCCAAUGUACAGAUAAAGACAGUCAAUCAAAGUGACAUUCUUCCUUCAGAAGAGUGGAGAGAACACCAUGCAUUAACAUCAGCACCCAAGUUUAAUAAUGGCGUCACCAGAGAAGCCAAUAAGCUGCAAAAGUCUAAAAACAACAUUACAGCUUUGUUGGCUCAUGCAGUGAAUAACCAAGACAAACUCGAUGAAAUGUUUGCUGCUCAAAAGAAAACAAGACGUGAAGCAGCCAAGAAAUAUGGUUUCUAACCAAGUACAACACAUUAAAAAUAAUAUAAUAAGAAUAAAAAAAAAGGAGUAUUCUCGCUUUCAGAAAAAGAAAGAGAGAGAGAGAGAGAAAAAAAAA